AUGUUAGAACAAUUAACGGAACAAUUAAUAGAUGAUAAUAUCAAUAUUAUGCAUGUCAUUUUUAAACACAGAUUUAAAAAGCGUGUUAAACCUGUAUACUAAGCUUCUUUUUUUUUUUAUUUUUUUUUUUUUUAGUUGCAACUUGAUCUUCUUUAAUGAGUAACAAGUUUACUGUCAACUAGUGUCUACUUUCCAUUAUCAUUUUACUUUCUACGCUACUUCUCAAUGUAACUUUCGUCUAUAUUAUAUUUUUUGCAUUCACAAAUAUCUAAUACGCUCCAAGAAAGAAAGUCAUCAGUGAAAGACAAUUACAUCCAAUCCGGUUAUUUCUAUUUAUUCUACAAAUUAUAUAUUUAUCUAUAAAUCUAGAAAUUGUUUUCGAUAAAUGUCUUUUGUUUUAUAAUUCAUCGUACAUUUAAGAAACAAAGAUAGAGAAAUAAAAAGAAAGAUAAAGAGAUAACAUCGAAGUCACAUAUCGAUUUCGUUUUUUAUGUAGUAUCGAAAGGUAGUAAAAAGCGGCCUAUUCAAAUUGACUUGAUCAAAUUUCAGCGAGCACGCGCUUAAAUGGAUACGUGCUUGCAUGCACAUAAAGUAGAAAGUAUUUGAAGGAAAAUCAACGAAUAUAUGCAUAUAUUUAUAUUGUGUGGAAGAAGUAAAAGUUAGGUAAAGAACAAAUACAUUUUAUUGUUUAAAUAAAAAGCUAUAGUUUUAAGAAAAUAUAUUGAGAGAAAAAGUAUUAAAUGUAGUAGCAAUUAUACUACUGACCUAUUGUAGAUAACUAGAACUAGUAAAAGUGAAGAAUUAAAGCAAGUUGACUUUUUCUCUCUAUGCUCUGUAUGGUCAACCAGACCUAUUCAGUGUCCCAUCAAUAUGUGUACUUCAAGAUCGCUUUUACCUUUCCGUAAGCAAGGAGGGACAUUUCUCAAGAGGUAUAAAAUAGUAAGCGGCAGAUUUGUGCAUCAGUGUGUGCAGUUCUUUCUUAGUUAACAACUAUAUAGCUUUCAAAGUUUGGUUUUAAUUCUGUAACUAAUUCUUAUCAAGAUGAGAAGAACUAAAUUUUAUAGAAUAUUUGUGUGUUCCAUCAUUAUGGCUCACGCAUCAGCAUCCACUGGCAAUUACUAUUCUAAACCAAACGAUAGAUUUGAGCCAAGCAAACAAAUCUUCAAUGAAAGAUUUAUGCCUGAAGAUAGCAUAAAUAAAAAAAAUAUUAAUAAUUAUAACACAGAAAAUCAAGAAAGAGAUUACGCUUUUGGUGGGAAAAUAAAUCAAGCGAAUUUUGAAGUCAGUAAUUUACCUUUACAUAGUUAUUCUACAAAUAAUGGAUUACCAGGAUACAUAGAUCCUAAUUAUGAAAAUUAUAAUAAUAAUUUUAAUUUUGCAAAAGAACAAUUGCCUUAUCAUUUUGGGAAAUAUUCUGUUAAUAAUAGCAACCAAGAGUCUGAUUUUGGAAAGUACAGGCAUUUUGAUUCGUCUCAAUUUUCAAACGACCAUCAACAUGAAGGAUCUUUUCAUACCGAAUUUAUAUCUGGAAACUAUCCUGCUAAAGUUCCAUUGUCAUUUCCUCCUGUAGGAUACGAACAAGAUUCCGAUACGUCUAUGAUAGAUGACACGUACAUCAAUAAUGACAAUCACCAAUUCUAUGGAAAGCAAAGGGAAAAUCAAAAGAUCAAAGAUCAAAUUCAAAGUUUAAAUCAAAAUCAUGGCCAAGCUUUUGACGACUUAUCAAGCUCUGUAUCAAACAAUUAUAAUUCUAACGUACAAGGCAAAGAUGCUAAUUUUCAAAAGCCUGAAAGAUCAGCUAAUUAUAGAGGAACAAAAUAUUCGCCAAGAAACAAUCCAAUACCUGUUCGUUCGCAUAACAACGACAAUGCUAACAAUGAUUAUGAUGAUUCUGAAUCUUCCGAAUUGUAUAAUAGAAAUAGCAAAUAUACAGAUAGUUUAAGUUCUAAUGCAUUUGCUGCAUACUCCUGA